UCUGACCUGACGGCGGACUGGAAGGCGACCAGAUGGAAUUCUGCACUGCCUUCUUAACAGAUUCCUCACAUUUUCAAUCGUAUCGCACACAUUUCUAGCGGACUCUGCUGCUCGCUAACAGCCCUGGCGUGACCGCAGACGCCCAUCUGGGAGGCUCGGCAGCGCUGCGACCCCGGGACGGACGCGUUUGAAGACCCCCCUACACCUCCCCAGUGUCCCAAAGCGUGUGUGAGUGAGCGCGUCGACCAUGCCGCUGUUCGGUAAAUCGCACAAGAGUCCCGCGGACAUCGUGAGGACCCUGAAGGAGAACCUGGCCAUCCUGGUCAAGCACGACAAGAAGACAGAUAAGGCGUCCGAGGAGGUGUCCAAGUGUUUAGUGUCCAUGAAGGAGAUCCUGUACGGGAGCAACGACAAGGAGCCGCACACGGAGACCGUGGCCCAGCUGGCCCAGGAGCUGUACAACAGCGGCCUUCUCAUAUCGCUGGUGGAGAACCUGCAGGUCAUCGACUUCGAGGGGAAGAAGGACGUGUGUCAGAUCUUCAACAACAUCCUGCGGAGGCAGAUCGGGACGAGGAGCCCCACUGUGGAAUACUUCUGCUCCCACCAGGAGGUGCUCUUCAUCCUGCUGAAAGGCUACGAGACGCCCCAGGUGGCGCUGAACUGCGGCAUCAUGCUGAGAGAGUGCAUCCGCCACGAGCCGCUCGCCAAGGUCGUCCUCCACUCCGAGCACUUCCACAACUUCUUCAACUACGUGGAGAUGUCCACCUUCGACAUCGCCUCCGACGCCUUCGCCACGUUCAAGGAUCUCCUGACGAGACACAAAGUUCUGGUGGCCGAAUACCUGGAGCAGCACUACGAAGCCGUGUUUGCAGACUACGAGAAGCUGCUCCACUCCGAGAACUACGUCACCAAGCGGCAGUCCCUAAAGCUUCUGGGCGAGCUGCUGCUGGACAGACACAACUUCACGGUCAUGACGCGCUACAUCAGCAAGCCGGAGAACCUCAAGCUGAUGAUGAACCUGCUCCGAGACAAAAGUCCCAACAUCCAGUUCGAGGCCUUCCACGUCUUCAAGGUGUUCGUCGCCAACCCCAACAAGACGCAGCCCAUCGUGGACAUCCUGCUCAAGAACCAGACCAAGCUCAUCGACUUCCUGAGCAACUUCCAGAAGGACCGCACGGACGACGAGCAGUUCAACGACGAGAAGACCUACCUAAUCAAACAGAUCAGGGAUCUGAAGAAACCGGCCUCCUAGAGAAACCCCCCCCUCCACCCCCCCUCCUUCCCCUUCUAGCUCGACUUUUUACCAAUAGGAACGCAUUAACAAUAACGGUUAUUCUAUUUAAAAAAAACAAACAAAAAAAAAAAUCAAGAAAAUCUUUUUUUUUCUUUUUGUUGGUUCAUUAAAAACUUGUGCAGAAGUAGUUCUUAAUCACUGAUCUUACUUUUAUAUAUAUAUAUAUAUAUAUAUAUAUAUUUUCUGUUUGUUUCUUCCAUUUGUAGCAUGUCGUGCCACGCCUCCCGCCGCUGGAGGAAAACCCGUGAACCUGCGGUUAAAAAGCUUUUUUUUUUUUUUUUUGUCCAAAAGGCUUCAGUCGGCGAACUAAACUAACUACUUUUGGACUUUGCCGGCGCUUUCCAGUGCUCUGUUAUCCACUUGCUUACAAAGCAGCUUUUCUCAACCGUCUAAAUGAAGUAGAUGGCAAAAUCGAAACGCGAUGAAGAAUCUCUGCUUUUCGCUCUUUUACUUCUGAAAAGGGUCGUCGGAUCAAUGUUAGGCAAAAUAUAUAUUAUUGGUGAAAGCAUUGUUAGCCAAAAAAAGAGAAAAAGUUGCUGUCUUUUUGUUUUUCUUCUUGCUGUCGAUGAUUGUUUUCUCUGUAAAAGUGAAAAGUCAGACUGAAUCUGAUGAUCUGCCAAAUGUAGCUCUGCGCAAACUUAAAAAAAGAAAAAAAAGAAAAGAAAAGUCUCGUCUUCCCGAGGAAAAGAAACAUUUCUAAAUUGGCAACAAAGAUGAAAGCAGUGAGAAACAAACUGAUUUUGUCACCAAAAGAAAAAAUUUAAUUUUUUUUUUAAAAAAAGUAAAAAAAAAUUGUUUUCAAUUUUUAACCAUUAAAUUGAAUUCUGAAAAUUUGGUACAAUAAUAAUUAACUUUGAUCACUGGUUUUCUCCGCUGGUGGCUAAUAGCACUUUCUGUAUGAUAAAGUUGUUGUUUUUUUUAAUUAUUUUAAGCUGAUCACUGUUUUCACAUUGUUGUUGUUGUUGUUGUGUUUUUUUUAAUGUACAUUGUUGUCCUGUACAGUUUUCGGCGCGAGUGCCAACUGGACGCGACCAGGCGGCUCCCUGCUGUGUGCCAGAGGGGGAGCGGGGGGGGGGGGGGGGGGGGGGGGGGUUUGUGUCUUGAAUCCACUCCUUUUCUUUUUCCACGCUGUGUUUUUACUCAGAUCUGAUGUCGGUGUUAAGAGCUGAAGUGGAUUCAGAGGUGCCUUUUUUUUUUUGUUGCUGUUGUUGUUUUUUGGUGUGUUUUCCUUUCUUUUCUUUUCUUUUUUUUAUCACCUGUAUAUUUUCUAGGGGGAGCUUAAUUAUUGUGUGUAUGAAAAUAUGCUCUAGAUAGAACAUAUUUGUUGUGAUUAAGCAGUGAACCUCUUAACUCGCUAUAUUUGAGUUACGCCGUCGUUUAAAAAUGUUUUUUUUUUUUUUUUUUUUUUUUUUUUUUUUAGGUUUUUCUCUGCAGCGCGUCAGUUUUCAUUGCUGUUUUUUUUUUUAAUGUUUGUCUCUGGAGUAGUGCCAAUUCGACUUGCGGACUGCAGACUGUCGACUACAAACUCAUUAGAGAGGAAAAAAAAAAAAAACAAACAAAAAAAAAACCCAAAUUGAAUCCAAGUCCCGGGAUUUA